GGGCCGCACUUCACUUCUGAACCUUGCCUGUGAAGGAAGGUAUCGCGCCAGGGAGCUUCGUUCACCGACCUCUUUCACGUCCACGUGCUACGUUGCUCGCUCCAAACGAGCCACUUGUUUUCGGACACCGCACUGAGCGCCUGGAGCGCAAGACCCACCAUCCACCCUUCCGCUUUACCUGAAUCGAGACCAAAAUUCUCUCCGCGGUGCCCCUAAGACGACCCACGCGAGGCCUCUUCUGGUAACGCCAGACGCUGACAGCGCCGCCAUCUCGGAGGAGAGCAGCGGGCUACGGCGCUGCCGUCAGCCGGCAGCGUCGCGCCAACAGCAGCCAAUCAGGUGUAAGCUUAGUGGUAGGUGUUCCCUUUUUCCUGUUAAGCAUCGCUAGCCGCUACCUCCCCGUUUGCACGCCGGGAAAUGUAGUCCGGGGACCAUGGCCGACGGAGGCUGGACCGAGGCGUUCUCUCAGAGCAUGCCGGGAGUUGUAGUUCAGGGGCGUCCCGGGAACGUUCCGGGUGACGCCUUCUGGUCCGGGGGCGGGCGGUCAUAGCGCUCCUCGGCUGAAAGGAGGAGGAACUGGCAACCAGGAGGAGGCUCCGGGAGGAGGCCUGAAAGGCUGCGCAGCAAGGUGGGGAGGGAAUUUGGGGUUGGGGGACGGCCAGAUAGCGCGUCUGAUAUGCUGCUGGGGUCGUGACCGCUCGGGGACCGAGGCAGGACCUGGCCAGACGCACCCUGCAGGCCUCGCCUCCGUCGGGCCUAAUUUCCAGCGGCUGGGUAGGCCUCGCGAAAGGUUCCUCUCCGUGCGGCCGCCGCGGGUUCCUGCCCUGAUUUUCUGUCCGGGAGAUGGCCUCGCCGAGCCCCCCGCCGGAGCCAAAGAGCGACUUGAUAAAUCCGUUGAAGACCAUUUGUAAUGCUCCAAACAACCGGCCUCAUUGGUGAGUUCUUCCAGGGCUUGCUGACAUUUGAGGAUGUGGCUGUGUUUUUUACCCAGGAGGAGUGGGAUUAUCUGGAUCCAGCUCAGAGAAGCCUGUAUAAAGAUGUCAUGAUGGAGAAUUAUGGAAACCUGGUCUCACUGGAUGUUUUGAACAGAGAUAAGGAUGAGGAGCCAACAGUAAAACAAGAAAUUGAGGAGAUCGAGGAAGAAGUGGAACCACAGGGUGUAAUAGUUACAAGAAUCAAAAGUGAAAUUGACCAAGAUCCUAUAGGUAGAGAAACCUUUGAACUUGUUGGUAGGUUAGAUAAACAAAGAGGAAUCUUCUUAUGGGAAAUACCAAGAGAAUCUUUGGCCCAGGAACAGAGAAUGUUCAGAGGAAACACUAACAUUAUUCGUAAGAGACCAAACUCAGAAGAGAAAUGCCAUAAAUGUGAAGAAUGUGGAAAGGGUUUUGUUCGCAAGGCCCAUUUCAUUCAACAUCAAAGGGUCCAUACUGGUGAGAAGCCCUUUCAAUGCAAUGAAUGUGGGAAAAGUUUUAGUCGCAGUUCAUUUGUUAUUGAACAUCAGAGAAUUCACACUGGGGAAAGGCCCUAUGAGUGUAAUUAUUGUGGAAAAACCUUUAGUGUGAGCUCAACCCUUAUUAGACAUCAGAGAAUCCACACUGGAGAGAGACCCUAUCAGUGUACUCAGUGUAAACAGAGCUUCAGCCAGAGAAGGAGCCUUGUUAAACAUCAAAGGAUUCACACAGGUGAAAAACCCCAUAAAUGUAGUGACUGUGGGAAAGCCUUCAGCUGGAAGUCACACCUUAUUGAACAUCAGAGAACUCACACUGGUGAGAAACCCUAUCACUGUACCAAAUGUAAGAAAAGCUUUAGUCGAAAUUCGUUACUUGUUGAACAUCAGAGAAUUCACACUGGGGAAAGACCCCAUAAAUGUGGUGAAUGUGGGAAAGCUUUUAGAUUAAGUACAUACCUUAUACAACACCAAAAAAUCCACACUGGUGAGAAGCCUUUUCUUUGUAUCGAAUGUGGAAAAAGCUUCAGUCGGAGCUCCUUCCUUAUUGAACAUCAGAGGAUCCAUACAGGUGAAAGACCUUAUCAGUGCAAAGAGUGUGGGAAAAGCUUUAGUCAGCUGUGCAACCUUACUCGUCAUCAGAGAAUUCACACAGGAGACAAACCCCAUAAAUGUGAAGAAUGUGGAAAAGCCUUUAGUAGAAGCUCAGGUCUUAUUCAGCAUCAGCGAAUCCACACCAGAGAGAAGACUUACUCAUACAAUGAAACCAAGGAAAGUUUUGAUCCAAAUUGCAGUCUUGUUAUACAGCAGGAAGUCUACCCCAAGGAAAAAUCUUACAAAUGUGAUGAAUGUGGGAAAACUUUUAGUGUCAGUGCUCAUCUUGUACAACAUCAAAGAAUCCACACUGGUGAAAAGCCCUAUCUAUGUACUGUGUGCGGGAAAAGCUUCAGUCGGAGCUCAUUUCUUAUAGAGCAUCAGAGAAUCCACACUGGUGAGAGACCUUAUCUGUGCAGACAGUGUGGCAAAAGCUUUAGCCAACUGUGUAAUCUUAUUCGACAUCAGGGUGUUCACACAGGUAAUAAACCCCAUAAAUGUGAUGAAUGUGGGAAGGCCUUUAGCCGGAACUCAGGCCUUAUUCAGCAUCAGAGAAUACACACAGGAGAGAAACCUUACAAGUGUGAGAAGUGUGACAAAAGUUUUAGUCAACAGCGCAGCCUUGUCAACCAUCAGAAGAUCCAUGCAGAGGUGAAAACUCAAGAAACCCAUGAAUGUGAGGCUUGUGGCGAAGCCUUCAAUUGUCGCAUAUCUCUUAUUCAGCAUCAAAAAUUGCACACUACGUGGAUGCAGUAAAUGUAGAGAAAUAUUCAAGCUUGGUUUGACUUGAGCCUAGCUACCCAAGUGCAGUUUCAUAUGGCUCAGCGUGAGUCAGGUUUAGUGAUAAAGCAAAUUCUCCUUGGCCUCAGGCAAAUGGUUUCUAAAGAUUCUGUGAAAGGUGGACAACUGCCCACAGGCAGCUGAAGACUUCCAUUACUUUUUGUUCUGAUGAUCAUAGAGAAAGACAGUAAUUUAUUUAAGCAUCUCUUUUCUGACACAUCUUCCAGCAGAGGUCAAACCCAGGUUCAGAGCACGUGGUAUUAUAGUCAUUCGAGGGAGAAGGACAAAGUUGCAUUGGUACAAGGGAGCUGAAGUUAGAAAACUAAAAUAAUUAUUCAGGAGAGUCCCCUUCCACCAUCAUAUGGUGGUUCAUUCAGUUCCAUGAUCUGCUUGGCAAAGCAUGCCAAAGCCUAGUAAUUAAGCGUAUGAUUAAGUUUCAAGGAAACAGAGCCCCAAUUUUUUUUCAAACUGAUUCCAAAGGUGUUUUUGGUCAUUGAUUAAGAAAGCUAGUUGUUUGGCAUGUGAGUUAAAGAAGCAGUUCCAAUGCUUUGUGGUUCCCAGAUCUGUGAAAUGAGUGGACCAUUAAUUUUACAUGUAAAAAUUAUCUGAGUAAUUAACAAACCUACCAAGGAACCUUUGGGAGUGCCUUUUUUCAAGAUGGGCCCGAAAAAGUGGAGGAAGACACUUCUUUUUGUGCUCUCCCAUCUGUGAAACAUAAUUGUAGUCCUAUACAAAUAAUCUCAUUCCUCCACUACCAGUAGCAUGCGAAAGUGUACAUAUUUUGAUUACCAAGAUUUGGAAAUAAAAGACCUGGAGUCUAUACUAGGAAGCGGAGAUAUUUUGGUAUUGCUUUGGUUUUUAUGGUAACUAGACUUUGCAUGCAAUUUUAAAAUCCUUAUUUCUGGUUCUAGGGCUUCCCUUAGUUAAUGGUUAUUAUAAACCUAUUAAUUCAUCUGCUUUAAUCAUUAAACCUGUUUUGUUUUUUGC